AUGUCUGUUCCCUUCCGCUUCCUCUGUCUUCUCAGCCUGGCUGUUGGUGCUCUACACUGCACUCCCGUGUCUGACCAGGAGGGGGAGCUUUCAGAGCCUCAUUAUACCGACUGUCCCCUGGGCUGGUUAAGCUACAACAACCGCUGCUUCAGGUACGUUGCCUCUCAGCUGGACUGGGCCGAUGCAGAGUCCUACUGCGUGUCCCUGGGAGCCAAUCUGGCCUCUGUGAACACCAUGGGGGAAUUCAGCUUCGUGAAAAACCUGAUCAAGAUCUUCGACCCUACUGAGCACUAUACCUGGAUCGGGCUGAGUGACCUCCACAAGGAAGGGAGAUGGAUGUGGUCGGACGGCUCUAAGGUGGUCUACACGAUCUGGUCUUCAGAUGAGCCCAGUAAUGGAGUUGCUUCCGAUCCGGAGAACUGUGUUCACACUAACUACCAGGAUGACAAGCUGUGGAACGACACACUCUGCUCAUACAAGUUUGCCUUUGUCUGCGCCACGCGUCCCGGUCUCUGA